AUGAAGCCGGCUGCAUAUCUACUCACGGCCAUGUUGAGCCCGGCUCUCGCCCUGCCGGCCCUCGAGAAAAGCGCGCCGGGGCCAGACCAAGCCCGCGCCAGCGCUGUCCGCGCCGCCUUUGAGACGGCUUGGUCCGGCUACUACAAGUACGCCUGGCCGCACGACGACCUGCACCCCAUCAGCAACACCUACGAGGAUGACCGAGCGCAAUGGGGACUCACUCCCAUUGACGCCCUCGACACUGCUAUUGUCAUGAACUACAAGGAUAUUGUCAACACCAUUCUUGAGUUCAUCCCCACCGUCGACUUCACCACCACGCGCAAGGAAGAAGAGACCAUUUCUCUCUUUGAAACCACCAUUCGCUACCUUGGUGGCCUUCUCAGCGCCUACGACCUGCUCAAGGGCCCGUACAAGCGCCUGGCAAACGACCCCAAACAGGUCGACGCCCUGCUGACCCAGGCUGCGCGAUUGGCCGACACGCUGAGCUUCGCAUUUGACACGCCGUCCGGCGUCGCUGACGGCUACCUUGUGCUCAACCCCGCGCGCCGCAUCAGCGGCCGCUCCAGCAGCAACCUGGCCGAAGUCGGCACCCUCAUCCUCGAGUGGACGCGCCUCAGCGACCUCACGGGCAACCCCGUGUAUGCCGAGCUGGCCGCGAAAUGCGAGGCGCAUCUCCUCACCCCCAAGGGUAGCCCCGAGGCCUGGCCCGGCCUCGUCGGCACUGACAUUAGCACGGCAGACGGCACCUUUCUCAACAGCCGCGGCGGCUGGUCCGGCGGCGACGACAGUUUCUACGAGUACCUCAUCAAAAUGUACGUCUACGAUCCCAAGAGCUACGGCCUCUAUCGCGACCGCUGGAUCGCUGCGGCCGACUCCACCAUGGAGCACCUGGCGUCGCACCCGACGUCCCGCCAGGACCUCACGUUCCUGAACCAGUUUGACGGGCAAACCACCGAGUCCGUGACCGGACACUGCAAGUACACCUUGACUAGCUUUGCUGGUGGAAACUUUAUCCUCGCCGGCCUCGUCCUCGGCGAGGAAAAGUACACCAAGUUCGGCCUCGCGCUCGCCGAGUCGUACUUUCAGACCUACAACGCCACGGCCAGCGGCAUCGGGCCCGAAGUCUUCCGCUGGGUCGACUCGGCCCACCCCGACACCGACCAGCAGCCGCCCGCCGACCAGGCCGCCUUUUACGCCACGGCCGGCUUCUGGGUCGACGGCGCCGACUACGUGCUGCGCCCCGAGACCGUCGAGUCUCUGUACUACGCGUACCGCGCGACCGGCGACAAAAAGUACCAGGACCUCGCCUGGCGGGGCUUCAACUCCAUCGUCAGCAAGUGCCGCGCCGGCAGCGGCUACUCGGGCCUGCGCGACGUGACAAAGCCCGACGGCGGCGGCUUCGACGACUUUCAGCAGUCGUUUUUCCUCGCCGAGACGCUCAAGUACUUGUAUCUCAUUUUCGUCGAUGACACGCCCGUCCAGGUCAAGGCCGGCGAGCCCAACCAGUUUGUCUUCAACACCGAGGCGCACCCGUUCAAGGUCCGCGACUAG